AUGCCUGCCAAAUCGCGCUUCACGAGGCUAGAUGCCUUUGCCAAAACCGUCGAGGAUGCUCGCAUUCGCACUACUUCCGGCGGGAUCGUCACCAUAGCGUCGCUGCUUGUUAUACUGUGGUUGGUUUGGGGAGAAUGGGUGGACUACAGGCGCGUGACGGUUCUUCCUGAGCUAGUGGUUGAUAAGUCGCGAGGGGAGAGAAUGGAGAUUCAUCUGAACGUGACAUUUCCGCGGCUGCCAUGUGAACUUCUUACGCUUGAUGUGAUGGAUGUCUCUGGCGAACAGCAGGUUGGCGUUGCGCAUGGUGUGAACAAAGUGCGCUUGAGCCCGCAGGCCGAGGGAGGUCGAGUCCUGGAUGUUCAGGCAUUGGACCUACACUCGCAAGAAGAAAUCGCCAAACACCUCGCCCCUGACUACUGCGGCGAAUGCGGCGGCGCGCCAGCCCCCGAGGGCGUCAUGAAACCUGGCUGUUGCAACACCUGCGACGAGGUCCGCGAAGCCUAUGCGCAGAAAUCCUGGGCCUUCGGCAAAGGUGAGAACAUCGAACAAUGCGACCGCGAAGGCUACGCCGAGCGCAUCAACGCCCAGCGCCGCGAAGGCUGCCGCCUCGAAGGCGUCAUCCGCGUCAACAAAGUCAUCGGCAACUUCCACAUCGCCCCCGGCCGCAGCUUCACCUCCGGUAACAUCCACGCCCAUGACCUCGAGAACUUCUUCGAAAAAGACCUCCCCGAGAACGAACGCCACACCAUGACCCACGAGAUCCACCAGCUCCGCUUCGGGCCCCAACUCCCCGACGAACUCUCUGACCGCUGGCAAUGGACAGACCACCACCACACCAACCCGCUCGACAACACCAAGCAGAUCACCGACGAACCAGCCUACAACUUCAUGUACUUCGUCAAGGUCGUCUCAACUUCCUACCUCCCUCUCGGCUGGGACCCCCUCCUCUCCUCCGCCAUCCACAACACCUACGACAAAGCCCCCCUGGGCACGCACGGCUUCGCCUACGGCAACCAGGGCUCUAUUGAAACGCACCAGUACUCCGUAACAUCGCACAAGCGCGCACUCAUGGGCGGCAACGACGCGGCAGAAGGCCACAAGGAGCGCAUCCACGCGCAGGGCGGCAUCCCCGGCGUGUUCUUCAACUAUGACAUUUCCCCGAUGAAAGUUAUCAACCGGGAGGCGAGGACGAAGACGUUCUCUGGUUUCUUGACUGGUGUUUGUGCGAUUAUCGGCGGGACGCUGACUGUUGCGGCGGCUGUGGAUCGGGGAUUGUAUGAGGGGGCUAUGAGGGUGAAGAAGAUUCAUUCGAGUUAA